GCUGCAAAAGCCAAAAAAGCCCUCUUCUAGGGUUUUAUUUCAUCAACGCACGCUCCGGAAAGAUCAGCGUUCCAGAGAUUACAAAGUGCAACCAUGGCUUUCUUCAACAGAGCUGGUAAUAUACUAAGGCAGAGUGUGAGUAAGCACAUCAAUCAUGAAAUGUCAGCGGCCAGUCCAUCUAUCUUUCAAAUGAUAAGAUGCAUGUCAAGUUCAAAAGUCUUUGUGGGAGGAUUGGCAUGGGCAACAGAUGAUAUGAGCUUGCGGGAUGCUUUUAGUCCGUAUGGGGAAGUUCAUGAAGCUCGAGUGAUCGUGGAUAGAGAAACUGGCCGGUCAAGAGGUUUUGGCUUUGUUACUUAUGCCGAUUCCGAGGCUGCUUCUGCUGCAAUCCAAGCGAUGGAUCAAAAGCAGUUGAGCGGCCGAACGGUGAGAGUGAACUAUGCCAAUGAUAGACCACAAGGAGGUGGUGGUUACGGUGGCGGCGGCUAUGGUGGAGGCGGCGGCUAUGGUGGAGGUGAGGGUUAUGGAGGAGGCGGUGGCUAUGGAGGAGGUGGCAGCUAUGGUGGAGGUGGCAGCUAUGGUGGAGGUGGCGGUGGCUAUGGAGGUAGGGGUGGUGGUGGCUAUGGAGGUGCUAGUGUUGAAGGCUUUGGCGGUGAGAGCCAACAGGCUGCUGUGGGUGGUGAUAGUUUCGGAAGUGGUGGAUAUGGCGGAAAUAGUUAUGGUAGUGCUGGCACUGAAAGUCAAAGCUUUGCCGGUGAUAAUGCUGAUGGUGGAAACUCCUUUGCAGCUGAUAAUGGUCCAGUAGAAGGAAGCUACAGAGACAAUGAUGAGGCUGACGACUUUGCCAAAAGGGCUUGACCUCUAUGGUUCAAGUUUAAUUUCAACUGGACUGCUGUUUGCAGCUUAUUAUGGUCUGUUAUUUUCAUGUGUUUACUUUGAAGUUGCAAUGUGAACUUGACUUUUUACGGUUUCAAUCGGGUAAAAACUCCAUUCAUGUUUUGAGAACAAAUUAGUGUUCUUGUGGUUUAAUAGCAUAAGAUUGAGCUGAGUAAACGUUUCGCUUAA